AUGCCUGGGAGAGGUAAUGUGUGGGCCAGGAUUGAAGUUCUUGCCCUCCUGGGCUUGUGGAGGGACGAGGACGUAAAGGGGCAGAUGCAAAACGUUCAUAGAAAUACUCCUAUUUACGCCAGGCUGGCUGAGCUCAUGUCUGAUCAGGGGUGGGAGCGCACUCCUGAACAGUGUCGCCGCAAGAUCAAGGCCCCAAAGCAUGAUUAUAACAAAACGAAAGCAAAUUUGCAACGUUCUGGGACAGGUUCACGGAACAUUUUGGCGAAUGAGGAGUUUGCUAUACUGGAUGAGGUGUCAACCAGUCAACUUACAACCAAAACGACUUCAAUGUCUCAUCAAGCAGUGAUGGAAAGCAUGCAAUUGUCCAAACAAGUCAAGGCGUGCUAUGGCAAACUGUGGGAUGCUGACUCUCCCUCCAGCGGGGCCAAGAAACGCCUCUCCUUUGGCUCCAACCCCAGAACUAUGUUACGCGAGUUCCGCGAGUUGACGUGGGAUGCAACACCACGGUUGCAGUUUUUAUCGGGGAUGGACGAGACAAGACACUCCCUGAUACACCCCGAUGACGAGGUCGAGACUUGGGGCCCCGAAGACGAACAGCCGAGGGAGACGCGUCAGCCACCUGAAUCCACCGAGACGCCAUCUGUCACUGCAACCGUCACCGAGAUUCUUCGUAUCGUCGAACCACAACCUAAACUGUCGCCUGUUCCACAAUCGCCUAGGCAGCCGCCCGUCCAGGAAACACCCAAGCUGUCGCGAGUCCUGAAAAUUCCAAAGAACGACAAGAGAAGGUCGAGUUACAACUUCCAUGGUCUUGUGAUGAGCGCCCAUCAAAAGAAACAAGAGAGGCUGUCCUACCAGUGUCGCGUCUGUCGUCGUGACUUCACCAGCCGAUCCGGUCUCCAGAGUCACUCCCGCGUCCAUAACGUCCGAGGGAAACACUACGAGUGCCAGGUCUGCCAUGCGAUGUUCGCCACCGAGAAGACUAUGGCCACCCAUCUCAAGCUCCACCGUCGAGAAUCUUACUACCACUGCAGCACCUGCCAGAAGCCGUUCCUGAACGUGACAUCCUUGACCAAACAUCAGCUUACUCACCCCGCCGUCCGGCCUCAGUCCUGUCCAAUCUGCGGCCUCUCCUUUGUCGCUAAGGAGUGUCUAUUGCAGCACAUAACGAAGAUACAUCCAGUAUACAGUCCGAGUUGCGUCGUCGAUGAUGUCCAUAUGCACAAAUAG